AUAUUGGGGAACUGUUUGGUAAUUAGUCUUAUCAAUUAAAGAUGGCGACGCACAUGGAAAACCUCAUGUCAAAAAUAUUACAGGAUUUUUUGCAGUGUACCAGCAAACCUGAAGAGUUUCUGAGUGCACAACCUCAAGUUUUUUCCCAACUGAAGAACAUCACAAAGUGUCUGUAUGAUCUCAGUAAAUCUGAAGAGUUUGGUCAAAACUGGAGUGAAUCAGCACUUCCCGAGCUUAUAGUGGAAAAUUUCGACGAAGAGCAGAUAUGGCAGCAGUUAGAACUUCAGAACAGUGGAGUGAUUGAUAAUUUAUUAACAAAAAUAAGUCAUUUAGUAACAGCUGCAGAGAAACAGCCCACAGAAAAAUUAAAAGUUAAAGCAAGCAAAAAUAAUUCAGUUGACAAGGAAACAGUGAAUUUUGGGGAGGAUGAUGAAGAAGAAGAGGAAGAACUUGUCAGUGAUGACAGUGACAGAGUUGUGUUCAAGGGGAAUAAUGUGUUGGACAUGGACAGUGAUGAUGACAGUGAAAUUGACUUCAGAUUUCCACAAUCCAAUCUGGCUCUCAUGGAGGAUGGGGAAUCAGAGUCUGAUGAUGAGGACCUGAUUAAUAAAGAGACUUCUAAAUCCAAAGGAGUGGAAACCAAGAAGAGGCAGGGGAGGAGUGUGGUGGAUGACAAGUUCUUUAAGUUGGCAGACAUGGAGAGUUUUCUGGAGCAGGAGGAUGCUCGCGAGGAGAGGAGGAGGAGGGGAGAGGAGAGUGAGGAAGAUGAAGAAGAUGUAGACAUGUUCGCAGACAUCCCCUCUGAUGAAGAGGAAGGAGAAAGUGGGAAACAAAUGUUCUAUGAUGACUUCUUUGAUCCUCCUGAGGAACUGGAGGAUUCAGGCCAACAAAAGAAAAAGUCAAAAGACUCCAAACGACCUAGAAUAGACGACCAAGAAGAGGAGGGGGAGGGGGAAAUGUUUGAGGAGGAAGAAAUGGAUGAAGAAGAAGACGAAGAUAAUGAUACUGAUGAAGAAGAUGCUAUUGAAGAGGAGGAAGGCGAUGUUCCCAGACAGAGACCUCGAGAUCUUCUGGACUCGGACAGUGAAGGUGAAGAUCCAGAGGACGUACUGGGCAGAAAACCACAGGAAAAAUCAACAUUUGAGAAACAGCAAGCCCAGCUCAGGAAAAAAAUAACAAAAAUGGAGGAGGCAAGUCUAGCAGAAAAACCAUGGCAACUGGCGGGAGAAAUCGGAGCGACAGAUCGACCCGAGAAUAGUUUAUUAGAAGAACACCUAAUGUACGACCAAACUGUUAGACUUCCCCCAGUGAUUACUGAGGAAACAACCCAAUCCUUGGAGAGCAUCAUCAUGCAGAGAAUCAAAGACAAGGCCUUUGAUGAUGUGGAGAGGAAAGUGAAACCCAAAGAGAAUCCAUUUGAGUAUAAGAAGAGGAUUGUACUGGACCAGGAGAAGAGCAAAAUCAGUCUGGGGGAGGUGUAUGAGCAGGAAUAUCUCAAACAACAGAAGGAGGAGGGGGAAGAGAAGACAGACCCUCAACACGAGGAAAUCAAAUCAAUGAUGCAGUCCCUCUUUGUCAAACUGGACGCUCUGUCCAACUUCCAUUACACCCCCAGGGCUGCGGCUCCGGAGGUGAAGAUUGUGACCAACCUACCAUCAAUAAUGAUGGAGGAAGUGGCUCCCGUAACCCAGGGCGACGGAACUCUGCUGGCUCCAGAGGAAAUCAAGGAUAAAAAGAAAGGUGAACUGAAAGGAAAAACAGAAGAGACGGAAACUGAUAAGAAAUCUCAGAGACGGAAUAAAAAGACUGAGAAGAGGAAACGACAACGAGAGAAGAAGAGGCGUCAGGCCUUAGUGGAGAAAUUGAAUCCAGGCCUAGGAAACAAAUAUAGCAAGGAAAAGGCCAUCAAAGAGCUAGAGAAAAGCAGCAAGUCAGGGUCAGGGGUCACCAUGCUCAAGGAGGACAAGACUGCCGGCAAACAGAAACUUGGAUCCUCCCGUUCAUUUUUCACACAACUACAAGAGGAUGCUCAGUCACAGAUCAAAAAGAGAAAAGCUGGUCCCAGCAGUAAAAAAACUGUACAGAAAUCUGCUAAGAUAUAUAAAUUAUGAUAUUAUGA